CUGCAGUAAUAACUCGAUGCAAGGUUAAAAAAAAUCGGGUCUGGCGUAACUUUGUUGGCACGCUUUUUAUUCUUCAAGUUAUUUCGUCUUUGUAAGCUCUUGUGCGUCACGUUAAUUCAAAUCACUCAAACGCUAUUUUUGAAAACGCUACAGCGGUUAGCUCAGGUACUAAAUAGCAACGUGUGUUUCCAUGCGAAGGGAAAAGGGCUCGUAACGGUAUCACAGUCUGCUGGUUUUAUCUCAACUUCACAAUUCCCAAGGCGUUUGUUGCUCGUUACAAAGGCAGUCUCAUCACUUUGUUGUGGUCAAGUCAGACUGCACAAUGGCCGCGCGAUUCGCACGAUCUGCUUCUAAAAAGUCCUACCUAGUCUCGUUCUUGUGGUUUUUAUUCGUGCAUUUUUUUCUAGUUUGUCGUUGUUUUUAAUUGCAACCCCACCGUAACGCAUUCAGUUGGGUUUUCGAAGCAGAGUGGGAAGUUCAUAACGACUGUGUGAGCAGAAAGCUGAAAAACCCAUGGAUUCGACGGAUACUUCUGCAGCUGCCUCCGCAGGAGAUAGCAAACAGCUUUUCAAUAAGAAGAGGAGAAAUUGGCACAAAGGGCUCAACCUCAGGAAGACUGUCGUUCAGCCCCCAACUAUGCAAAGUGAAGAUAAGCGUGGACCAAAGAAGAUAGCAGAUGAGUGGGAGCAAAGCAAACGGCCUUCAUCAAAGAAGACCUCAGAGGAAGCACAACAGAUUCAGCACAGGACAAAUGACAGUGGGAAUACACUCAGGUUCACAUGCUGUCAAUGCAGGGACAACGUGGAAUAUGUUCCCAAAGACUUAGUGAGACACUUUGAGGAAAAACACAGAGGGAGCCCACCAGUUUUUUCUUGUCAUACGUGUACUUUUAAUACACACGAGUUCUCCUACCUACAGAUUCAUCUGUUAAGCCACAAGGACACUUUUUCUAGUUGCAGCAUUUGUAAUGACAACGUUCAGCGCACAUGGCCUGAAUUCAGUGCACACCUGACUGUGUGUCACUGCCAAAAUGGCAAAUAUUCAUGUGAAAUGUGUCAGAGAUUCUCCACAGGUGACGUUAGAGUAUUUUUAGAACACAUGUAUGUACAUAAUUUGGGCCUGGAAGGAGCUAAUGAUGAUCUAUCGCUGCACACAAAGGACAAGAAUCAGUUUGAGCCUAAAACAACCACUCAGACUUUACGUUGUCAGCACUGUGGCUAUGAGGCAUCUCAGAAAUGGUUGAUUACUAAGCACGAUAAAGCUGUCCAUGUUUGCCAGAAGGGUAACCAGAGAAAGAAGAAGAAGAAGGAGGUUCAUUCCAUAGCAAUAAAACCAAAUGACCCAAUCCCAAAAAUGAAGCCUAGAUUAACAAGAAGUGCAGUUCGAGAAAUGUGCUGGCUGACACAGGACUGCCUGUCUCUGCCAGGGAGAGAAUUCCUGGAUAAAUACUGCCAUCUGUCAGAUCCACAAACAACACUAGAGGAGACUCAACAUUUUUUGAUGAAAUCUGUCGCUGGGGAAACUGGUGACCAGAAAUGGACCAAGGCUCUUAAAACCGUUCUGUCAAAUGUCCCUCAAGAUAUGAAUCUUCACCCAAAAUCAGAGAAUGGUAUCAUGUCGAACUCAUCGGAUCUUACUGUCCUCACAGUCAAGAACAAGAUAACCGUAGCUCAGAACGGUGCUGCUUAUGCCAAAAGGUUGAAAAGGAUGACGUCAUCAGAUAAAGAAACUGUUUUCCCAGAAAGUGCUACUGAUGAUGCUCGGUGUGUAGUUGACCAAAAUGGAUGUCAGUCAAGUUUGAAUGAUCAUUUACCUUGUCCGCAGACAGAAACCAGACUCCAUAAUGACAUCUUAGUGUCAGCCCAGAGCGAGACAUCUGAGUGCACUCAAAUGCAGGAAAACCGAGAGAAUCAGGAAUUAAAGACUGAUCAGGAAAUCGAGGAACAUGGUAAAAAAAGCCAGGAGCCUAUGCAUGAGGAUGUGAUUAAUAUCUCCAGUGAGCUGAAGUUGACGAAUGAGAGCGCAGAGCAGGCAUCCAUUCAUAAGGUCCUACCGAAAAAUAAGAGACAAAAUCGAAGAAAGAAGAGAAAUACCGCAACCAAAAAAGUGGAUAAAAGAUCAUCAGGACUGCCCUUAAAGAUAGUGUUGAAGAAGAAUCCUGUGAAGGAGAAGCAGUGGGUGUCCCAGAGCUCUUUGUCUCCAUCAGGAGGUGGUUCUAUGGAUGACUUUCAGGGGCAACCAAGUCCUCAUGCAACAAUGAGGAAGACGGCACAGAUCGUUGAAAAUGUGCCGCUAACAGAGGUGCAACAGAAGAAAUGGACAAAAGGUUCCAAGAAUGAUCUGCAUGAUCCUGCCGAAGCCAUUACUUCAGUUCUACAAUGGAAGCCAGGAAAAGAAAUCACCCCCAGUUGUGUUGCAGAGCCAACUGGGUUCAAAAAUAUGGAGAGAAAUGAGCCUGGCAUGCUUGAAAGCUCGCUUUCGAGCCCUCAAGAAGUGCAAGAUAACACAGAGAGGUCACUGCAGUUCUCGGAAACAGAAGUUGACCAGAGAAGUUCAGCUGCUAAGACAGGGCAGUCAAAUUCAAGAGCUGCAGCGGAGACUGAAGUCGAGACAUGCUCCAAGAACGUACCGCUCCAAACAUCAGGCAGUGGUAUGGACUGUCAUGUGUCAGACGAUAAGAAGAGUUCAGCAGCUGAUGAAGUGACUCCUCAUAGCAGUUACACCAAGUCUCCCCCUGUUUCCCAACCUGUUAUUACACCACAGGGUAACCUAAACCUGGAAGAUUCGAACCUUGCUCUUUCUUUAGAGCAGAGUUACCAGAGUGUUGAGGGGAUGAGAGACAGGGAAGUUCCUGCAAACUCCUGCCCAGAUCUCUUGAGCAGCACCCAUUUGCCCACGGGGAAAGCCAUCCCACAGGAGCCCUCACCAGCCUCUGGGCAUCGGUGGCAACCGGUCCCAAAAAACCAGGAGAGGACCCUGAAGUUAGUAGCCAUAAAUCCAUCUCAGUUGGUAAAGCGUCCGGCGGGAGACCAGCCUGUUGUGGUGCUAAAUCAUCCAGAUGCUGACAUCCCUGAGGUGGCCAGGAUCAUGGAGGUUGUCAACAGGUACAGAGGAGAGGUGCAGAAGGUCAUGCUGUCCCACAGGACUCUGAAUGCUCUCUCAGCCAUGAACAGUGAGGCCCCUAAGACGAAUGACCCAACAGAUGCCCAGCCUGACUCUGCGGGCCUUGUUAAAAACUCUGUACAGGAGAGGUUUAUUUUGAAGUUGAAACUUCGCAGGUUGAGCAGGAAAAAGUACGAAGUAGUUGGUGCCGUCUCUCCCAGCAAGGAUGCUGUGACAAAGUUUCGCUGCUGGUUUUGUGGCAGGGUCUUUGCAAGUCAGGAAAUGUGGAUGGUCCAUCGGCAGCGACAUCUGAUGGAGUGGAAAAGGCCAAACUGUGAAAACUCUUAACUGUCGCACACACUGGAUGAAAAACAAAACUAGUCUGGAAAAAGAUGACUUUGCAAUACAACAACACAAUAAUGGAAACCGUGAUAGCCAGUCUCCUCAAAUUUUUAAGGUCUUAAUUAAGAGUGGUUUUACUUGUGGAGAAUCAAAUCAUUGUCACGCUUCCUGGAGGGUUAAUGUUCUCAGGGUAAUUUAAACAUUUACCUUUGUCUCUCUUCCAGUAUGAGUAGCUUGAUUAAAAACUCUUUGUAGAUUAGUAUAUAUUUGUAUAGCCACAAGGACGUGGUGUUGACAGUUUAGUUUUUUUUGUAUUUUUUUGUAUUUUGUCUACGCAAUAGCUUUAUUUAAGGUGAUUUAAGUACACUGUCAUGGAAUCUUUUAUAGAACACUGUAAUAUGUAUAUUUGCCAUACCAUCUGAGUUUUAUGGAUCAGUUUAUGUACGGGUAGGCUAUACAGUGUGGUAGCUAUAAUAUUUAUGUUUUUUGUUUUUUGGAAUGGGACGCAGAGACCCACGGGUUACUCAGAUAUACCAAAACUGUGUGUUCAAAAAAAAAAAAAAAAAGACAAUAAGCUGUUUUAUUCGACAUUUAUUUAUGACUUUAGGUUUAGUCUUUAUAUGCUUUUCUUUAUGCUUUUUUGGGCCUUUGGAAGAAUCAGUGUAUUUGUACAAUUUUUGUAUAAACUCCAAAUUAUGUUAAAAUAUGUUAUUGUAAGACGUAUAGUUUCAUUCAUUGGGAGCGGAGUGGAAAUCCCUAAAGACACGAUUCAUUUUAAAAAGUAAACUGGUGUUUUGUGAUGUAGAUGAAAUACUAACAAAAUAAUUUCUUUUGAUUUUUAAAGAUUAAGAAGCCUGGAUGAUUUGGUCUUUUUUUUUUUUUUUUCUCUCAAUGAGUUUCCUCUCUUUUGACUUGAAAUGAUAAUCUUAUCUUUUAAUUGCACUAUGAAAGGAGGAUUUAUAUUUCCUGUUACCUCACCUUAUCAGGCCUAAGCCUUUGACAAUCUCAACCAGCGUCCUACUGUGGCUAAACAUUUCCUUAUGCAGCCAUGAUCCCUCAGUAUUCACAGCAAAGGGAACCGUGGAUCCUCUCUGUGUGUGUGUGUGUGUGUGUGUGAGAGAGAGAGUGUGUGUGAGUGUGUGAGUCAGUCAGUCAGUCAUUCAGUCAAGGAAAAUUGAACAGAUGUACCUAAAUUGUGCAUGUACCCCAGUUCUUGAGUGUCAGUAACUCUUUGUGUAUAUGUAUAUAUAUAUAUAUAUAU